ACUCUCCUCUCUCGUUGCUAUGCAUCACCAUGAUCUUGCAUGUGCGUAGGAAUUUUUUUGAAAUUACUACGUUCCCCAACACGGCCAUGAUGAAGGGCGCCGCUCGGCUAUGGAGACUGGUUCUUGAGGUGCAUCUGGUGGACUCCAAGGGCCUCUUCGGCAGCGAUUUCCUAGGGAAGAUAGACCCGUAUGUGAUCGUGCAGUACCGGAGCCAGGAGCGCAAGAGCAGCACCUCCCGAGGUCGGUGCCUCCGCAGCACCUCCCGAGAUGAGGGGAGGAACCCGAGCUGGAAUGAGGUGUUCCGGUUCCAGAUCAACUCCUCCGCCGCCAACGGGCAGCACAAGCUCUUCCUCCGGAUCAUGGACCACGACAACUUCUCCAGCGACGACUUCCUCGGCCAGGCAACGAUCAAUGUGUCUGAUCUGAUCACCCUUGGCAUGGAGAGCGGCUCGUCGCAGCAGAACCCGGCCACCGGCCACCGCCCGGAAGCUGGUGUCGUGGUCGAGCUGGGCGGAGUGGUGCUUCGUCUGCGACGCCAUCUUCUCCCCAUACCCCGACCCUGGCGCUGCUCUUCGCAGGACCGCGGCGUGUCGGAGAAGGGGCUGCCUCCCGAUCCCCGUGGAGGUCACUGCGGCCCUCUUCGAGAUAAGGCUGCGGGAUCCCUUCUUCCGGACUGGAGUGGCUUCAGAUGAUAAGCUGGAGUUGGACGAGAUGCUCGCCUUGCUGUACAGUAUGGCAAUCAUCAUGUCCAUGAUGCAGUUCUACCUCUCUACGUGCUUUUAUAAUCAUGUGUUUGUUUUAAUUUGAUUUUCUCAUAUAUACAUUGUAGGUGUUCCUAUUUAUGUUUCUUGCUGUCACAAAAACGCUAUCUUUGUUGUGGCCAAAUAAUAAGGAGAGACAAACAUUGCCGCUACAUUAUGUGCUUAUUCCAUCAUAUGUAAAUAUUAAAUUAAUACGCGAUCAUCCCUCACAGUAAGUGACACCUUUUAUUUCGUAUAUCAGAUGGAUAAUGCACAAUCAUCUCUCGCUGUACGUGAGGACCAUCAAAAGGUUUGCUAAAGUUUAAAAAGUGCCUAAUUGAUAGGUCAUGUCAGCAUUGGGCGUGCAUCUCUAGAACAGAAGGAGUGGAAUAGAAGGCAUCAGGUAUGUGGUUACGGCUUGCUGUGUUCGCCGGGCUCUCUCGAACAUGAAGAAGAUGUGCUACCAUGAAUUCCACAUCUUGCCGCUUGUUGUUUAAUGGUAUUCACUUUGAUCUGUAUGAAUACUUGAUUAGUUCAUUUUCAUUUAUAGCAUUGUAGAUGUUCGCCUCUGCUACUCGAUUUCCAUAAUGGAACAUCCAGUUUAGGUGGGCCAAACAGCCGGUAAGCUUAAGAAUUGGUGGUAAGCUCUUGCAAGAACUUGCAAGCUUCUUGUGUUAAAUUUCAUUUAUGUGCCUGUAUUUGUUCUUGAAUCCUUGUUCUUUUUGUGUACUUUAUACGGAGGUUGCAGUAACUCACAACACUACAGUUUUCUUUCCCUGUACUUUGUAACAUAUAGCUGUACAUAGUUACUGUUAUUUGCGUUUUGAUUAAAAUGAGAACAUAAUUCUUAUUAUCUACAAUGUCCGUAUAGUGUAUCUCUUCUAGAUGGAAAGGUGUGCGGAAGGGAUUUGUACCAAUUGACCGGGUAGCAAUUGAACAGGAAGACGCUUAGUAAGGAUAAAAUAGUAGAAGAGCACUAGAGGAUGCUUCAAGGAAUUGUAAAGCGGGAUGAGAAGUGUCACAAAAGAAUCAAUUCUGCUGGUAUCGAUUACGAGUGUCCAGCCCCUAAAUCUUCUAAGUUGCCGCUGAAGGGAGAAGACAUGGGGUCGAAAAAAUGUUAAGAUUGACUUGAUGUGUGGUAAGGAAAAGACAGUCGAAAAGUUUUUGAUGCUUGAGCAUUCACUACUCAGUUAUUCUUUUAGGUACGCAUAAUCUUCCAAGUUAUAAUCAAUUCCUUUUAUUUGGGCACGCAUAAUGACCAUUCCUCGGCAUCAAGUUCUUCUGAUGCGAAGAGGAGUUCCUGAUACUAGAUGAACAUACCAGCCUACUUGCCUACAACCAAGGUAGAAUUAUCAGCGGAGACACCACAGUCAGAGCUGGUGACUGAAGAAAGCCUGCAGAUAGCUACCAUCAAUGUCUUUUUUUAGCCAAGAUCUUGCACGUGACCGUUGUUUUCGAAGCCUUAUCUGCAGUUGAGAAUAUAAGGCGAGAAGACGCAGGUGCACGAUACAUUGGAUACUACAAAGUAGACACGGUUCUACAAACGACAUGGCAGAAUAUCUAUACCAUAGUUGAAGCAAAGCACCCUAUAUCCAUGAAAAUAAAUAGUAUAUGGAUUCCGACGUCAAGGAAGAAAAUGAGACAAUAACAUUUGAUGAAUAUUCAAGUUCUUGGUAGAAAGUAGGAGUGCUUAUGAGGGGUGUUGCUAUAAGGGGAUGGCGGUAAUCAGAAGAAAUUUGCAAUUUGGUGAAAUAACUACCUCGUAGAAGAGUUAAUUGGUUUUGAUGUAGGAAAAAUCUGCAGGCUGGUUAAGCUUUGAUGUAUAAAUAGUAGCACUUCGCUUUGUGUAAAAAAAGUUCUUGCUAAGGUUAUUCAA